GAACCUUUCUCAAGCGUUUUCGAAACUAUGAUUACGAAGUUUGAGGAAUUCCAUUUAGGUUCUGUUCUGCAAUUUUUCGUCUUGUGGGGACAUUUUCAAAGAAAGAAAUCUCGUGCGACUACCCGAUACCAUGUAGCCAGUAUAAACAAAUGGAGGAAAUGUGGAUUAUGAAGGGAAACAAGUACAGUCAUGAACGAGUCUUCAUAAUGUUUACAACUUGAUGCCGUAGAGAAUCAGGAUGUUGGUGGAACGAUACCGUCCUAUACUGUUUAUUCAGUACCUUCUCCUCCUGGUGGAUCUGUUUAUGAACACUUUUAUUGAAAUGCUGAGAUUUGAAAAUGUCAUUUUAUUAGUGCUCUAUGUUAUACAGGACGUAUGUAUCCUGUUUGCUGUGAUAGUAGUUUUCCUGCUUUUCUUCAACACGUACAUCUUCCAAGCCGGCCUCGUCAAUAUCCUCAUAGACAAGUUCAAGGUCGCCAUAGGAAUUACAUUUAUCUACUUCGGACUGAAUGUUGGCCUUCAUGUGUGGGAAAUGACCCUGAGGUGGGAUGAGCCGAAUCUCUAUAUCUGGGGCACGCCUGGAUUUAUACCUCUCUUUGUUAUUCAGAGAACCGGUGCAGUUCUGUAUUAUUAUUUCUAUAAGCGGACAGCUCUACAGCUGGGAGACCCGAGAUUUUAUCAAGAUUCGGAGUGGAUCAGGAAAGAAUUCGAAAGACGAAGAUAACGCUGUCCUCACAAACUGAAAUAAUUUAUUUUCUGUGGUUGUGAAUGAGUCCUGAAUUACGCAUAAAAUCAGUAUGGAUUUUUUGCCAGAUAUUAAUCUUAGGGAAAUAAUUCAUAGCUUUUUUUCGAAAUAAAUCUAAUGUUGACAUGAAAACUUGUAGAUACAGUGUAUGUAGGUGCUUGAUAUGUAAAUAUGCAUGUAAUUUAUCAUUCAUUGAUAUGUAAUUGUACAAAGAAAUACAAUAAAAUAACCUUCAGAUAAAUGUUAAA